GAGAUUUUAUCCCUACUUUUUGGAAAUCUGUUUCUUUAAGGGACAACCCACAAAAAGUGUAAAUUUUGAGUGGGGAUGGACCCUUAAAAACGCAUGUUUGCGUAAGUCAGCAGCUCAUUCAAAAAUUUUAAGACAUUCAAAAAUUUUACAUUCAUUCAACAGUCACAAAAACAUUUACAUUUGCUACAAUUUAACUCAUAAGAGUUCUUUCAAAAUUUUACAUUCAAAAGUCUUUCAAAAAUUUACAUUCAAAAAAUUAUUUCAAAAGUUAUUCGUACUCAAAUCAAAUUUUAAAAGUUAUUUUAUUCUUAAAAAGUUCAGUGCAUUUUCCACAUUUAUUACUGAAUAUCAAGGAAGGACAACAUUCUAAUAUUUUUGCAUCUUUAGGGAAAAUUAUUUUUAAUAAAUAAAAAAAAACUUUACGUGCCAAGAACAAAUGUUUUCGACAGCGCAAUAUUAAAAAAGACGACUGUUAUGUUUCGAUUGUUGGAUGACGAAUGGACGGCAUUGUAUCCACAACGCAGUGAUUACCGUCAAUACAGAGGAUCAAAUUACGAGAGUGAACCAUUCCAUGGUGGAAAAUCAAUUCUGUUUUCAUUGCCUGAGGCGAGUUUAGAAAAUUCAAUGAAAAAUGUUGAUCUACAAAUGCACAUCAGUAAAGAUAUUUCACGAUAUUUUGAGAUGAAUCCAUCACAAAAUAUUGGUUUUGUUAUCGUUAAACUCGACAAUCUUUUCAAUGGCAUUAUAAACGAAUUAAAAGAACGUAAAGAACUUGCUCAAUUUUUACAUUUUCAUCAACGCGAACCCAUUUCACGGUCCAUGAAAGGAGGUUUCUCAGUACUUAAUGAGAAUUCAGAGGAGAGUGGAUCGCAUAUUGACCUUUACAUAAGAUUAAGUUAUUUUGGAAAAUCUAUAAUAACUGAAAUUGUAACACCGACAACAAUUACAAAAGGCUUUUACGCUCAAGAGGAGACUAAUGAGAAGUAUCCAUAUCAAUGCCGUGAACUAAAAGCCGAGGAAAUUGAGGCCGACUGUUGGGGUAGUGUUACUAUUAUUCCACCAAUGAAGCCACAGAAUCUUCAAUGCGAUUGUCAAACUCAAAGUAAUGUGAAAUUAGUUCAACAAAAAAUACACAUGUCCAAUAACAAUAUGAAUGUAACAAAUGAUCAAACAAAAAAGAAAAAUGACGAGGAUAAAAUUCAAAUCGCAGACAAAGGAAUUUCUGAUAAUCAAAAUAAAAUCAUUAAUCACGCUGACAUCAGUACAAAAGGGGAUCACAAACAAAAUGUAAAGAAGAAAAAAAAGAAGAAACACUCGAGAUCCAGUGGCGAAAAUAAUGAUGAAGCAGAAGAAACAGGCAAUGUAAACAAAUCCAAGAAAAUUGAUAAAAUGGAAAAAUCAAAGAAGACAAAUAAAAUAAGUGAUACGGAAAACAAUGAGAAAAUUGAAAAUUUCAAUAAAACAGAAAAAACGAAAAAAAUUGAUAAUAAAGAAAUGUUAAAGAAACAAAAUAAAGCAGAAAAAGAUGACAAGUCAGAGAAAGUGGAAAAAAGAGGGAUAAGAGAUAAAAUAGAAAAUGUGGAAAGAACAAGAAAAAUGGAUAAAAAAAAUAGAAGAGAAAAAGAAAAGGCUUUUACGCAGAGAAAAAAUGAUGAUGAUGAUGAAAAAAGUAAGGAAACUGUAAAAAUAGGUGAAAUUAUAGAAACGAAUAGAAUUGAUAGGAAAAAAUAUUCGAUGAGAAGAAAUGAAGAAAAACGAGAAAAUGAAGGUAAAAUAAGGGAAAAAUUUAAUAAUACAAAAAUAACAAGUAUUGAAGCUGAUAGAAUAAAAAUGUUAAGAAGACGUAACGCUGGACCCAUAACUGUUGGAAUUUUUGAAAAAAAUAUUUCAUCUUGUUUACAAAUUACUCCACAUUGUUCAUGUUUCGAUUGUAAUCAAAAUUCAUUAUCAUGUCCCUUAGAAAACAUCUAUUCAAUUGUACCUUGUCGCCAAGAGCAAGUCUGCAGAAACAAUCCUAUACUACACUGUUUUUGAAUUUUUAUUUUUCAAACAAUAUUAUCCAUCAAUUAUAAGUUUCUUAUCAUUCCAAUUAUUCAUAAUUCAUUUUUGUAAAAAAAAAUCCAAAUAAAGUUAUAACAUGGAACAGUA